GUCCCUCAGACCCUCCUCUGCCUCUCUCAGACCCACCCCUGCUUGGCCUCUGUCCUUGGGGACCCCAGGGUCCUGCUCCCUGCUGAGGCCCAGGAGGGCAACUCCAGCCCCACCCUUCCUAGGAAGCUGGAUGCCCAGUCCUCUUGUGGGGAGGGCAGUCUCCCACCCCUCCAGAGUCUGAGUAGUGGCACCCCCAGCCGCGGGGGGGACUCUGGAUGCCCAAUUCCCAGAACCUAUGCCCUCAGGGAUCGCGUUACCCAGGCCCCAAAUCUCCACCUCAUAAGUCUCAGUCCCCAGAUCCAUUCCCACCUGCCCAAGAGCCAGACUGUCCUCGCCCCCUGCCCUGUCAGAGACUCAGGAGACUGGGCACCCAGUCCCCUCUUCCCUCAAACACAGAAGCUCUAACUUCUCCCAUAAAGACUCAAGAAUCUUGGCUCUCAGUACCCUUCUCCCCCAGGACCCAGGAGUCCAGGUGCUCAAUUCUGCCUUUUCCCAGGACCCAGGAGUCUUGGCCCCCUCCGGCCCCUAAACUGGGUGCCCAGCUUCCUCUAUGCCCAGAAACCAGGAAUCCAGGCCCAUAGCCCUCUCCUCCCUUAAGAACCCCUUUUUUGCCUCAAACCCCACCUGUCCCAACAUCCUGGGAGCCCCCCCAUUCCCCGCCAGCUCCAGCCUCCUGUCACCCCACUCAGGUCCUGUAUACAGCACAGGCUGUCCCCCAGCUAAGAAGGAGGAGGGUGCCAGAGAUUCCUGGGGUGUCCCUGUCUCCAUCACUCCCCCCCAAUCCAUCACAGAAGAGAGGAGAGGCCACUUUGAUCAACAGCCCGCCCCCCCUCGCGUCGUGCUGCAGACGGCAUCCCGUUCCCCCCCCUUCCAACACCGUUCUCUCCCCACCCUAAUCCUGGUGCUCAGAACAGGCUGGAAGGGUAUUCCAGAACCUUGAGGAAGGGGUGGUAGCUUGGGACGAGGGGUGCUUGGGGCCUGGAUGCCCUCAAGGUCCUUGGCGGGGGUAUUAAUAGCAGACUCAUAGCUCUGAGAAGGGAGGGGAGAGCGAGAGGAGAGAGGGAGAGGGACGGCCAGCGAAGGGGGGAGACCGAUGCGAUGCAGGCAGGGGGAUGCAGAGGGAAGAUGGGAUGGAGAGAUGGGCGAUAGAGAGAUGGGGUGUCAGGUAUGCAGGGCUGGGGAGAGGGUGCAAAGUGUCAGAAAAAUGGGGGGUUAGGAGGUCUGAGGAGUAGAGACCCAGGAAAAAGGGGCUCAGAGAGGGAGAAAGAGAGGGGGCGGAGGAGAGUCUCCAGGAGACAGACAAGGGAGAUGGCGAGGGGCAAAGACCCCUGCUCACCAUGCAACCCCCCUCCUUUCCUGAGGCCCCUGGCCAACUUUCCCUGUCCUAGAUCUGGGGGUCCACGUUCCCACUCCCACCCCUGCAUCCCGUACCCCAGCCUUACCUUUUCAUGACCCUGUUCUGUGGGGGGUAUUGCGGGGGGGCAGGACCGGAACCCAGAGUCCAGCGACCCGAAGAUUCCGCGGAGGGCUCAGGGAACCGCUGGGGGGCCAGGCCCUGGGGCGGCGGCGGUGGCGGCGGCAGCGGCGGUGGGGACCUCCUGCCCGGCCCCGGCUCCGGCUCUCCCUCCUCGUCUUCGGUCCUGUCCUGCCCUGUCUGUCCCCCAAGGUUGCGGCCACCCCAACUAGGCGAGGACGCUGCUACACAUGUUGCGCUGGAAGUUGGGCCCCGGACAUUGCGGAGGCUGUCGAGGUGUCCUCUCGCCGCCCCGACCCCGUGGGGAUCCCCCCUCCGCCCACCUGGGGUGCCCCCCUCUGCCGCUUCAGCCCCGGCUCCUCCCCCCCGUCCAUGUGUCCGGUCCCGCCUCUCCCUGGCUCAUUCGCACCCCCACCCUUUGUGCCCUCAGCGCCCCCCCUCCAGCGUCUGUGUCUGUCUGUCUGUCUGGGUCACCUCUGAAGCCAGUGGCUGGUGUGUGUGUUUGUGUGAGGGGCCGGAGGCUGCCUGUCUGGGGAACUGCUCGCCCCUUGCUCGCUUGGCCACCUCCAGACCCCCCCUCAGCACCCCCACACUCAAACCCAGGCAGAAACACACACAUACACACACGCACACACACACGACCUCACUUCCCUGGGAUUCCCCCUCAACACCCCCGGAGCUUGAGGAGGGAGACACACACACACACACACACACACACACACACACACACACACACACACGGGGUCCAGUGGGGGCCGGGCUGCCACUGCCGUCCGGGGCUGUUCGGACAGACAGGAGGACACAGGCAGCUGGGGACGCCAGACGCCCGGCCGGACGCAGGCAGAAGGCACAGAGUCCAGACACAGCCUGGCCCCCGGACGAGCCCUCUGCCAGCUGCCCAGCUCGUGCCCCUCCUGCUCGAUCGGCGAUCGGCGGGGCCCAGCGUUCUCUAAAGUGCUGGGGUGGAGCGGAGCACAGGACACCUGGGCCCCUGAGGGCAGAGGCCAGGAGAGUGUGUAUACGCCUGUGA